AUGGCUCCAAGCUUUCUUGAUGGAAACUCACUGUUCAAUUUUGUUGUCAGAGAUGGCAAUGGUGUGAAGGGCAUGGUGGAUUUAGGUCUAUCAGAGGUACCAGAAAAAUAUGUGCAACCACCGAAAGAAAGAAUAGACAAGCUUAAUGCAAUCAUACAUGAUAACCCACCAAUUGAUUUGUCAAAGCUGGACGGACCUGACCAUGACCUUGUAGUGGACGAAAUUGCUAGAGCUGCUGAGACUUUGGGGUUCUUCCAAGUGGCGAACCAUGGUGUGCCGGUGGACGUGCUUGAGUCACUUAAGGAUGCUGCUAACCAUUUCUUUGGCCAACCUCCUGAAAAGAAGGCUGCCUACCGUGUCGGUGCGAGCCCUAGCCCAUCGGUGAAGUACGGUACAAGUUUUGUGCCAGAGAAAGAGAAGGCAUUAGAGUGGAAGGACUACAUUAGCAUGCUUUAUACCACCGAUGCUGAAGCUCAUGAAUAUUGGCCUAAAGAAUGCAAGGAUGUGGCACUCGAGUACCUAAGAACAUCAAUGAAGAUGGUGAGAAAACUUCUAAAAGUUUUAAUUGGGAAGCUUGGAGUGACAUUGGAUGAUUCAAACAUCGAUGGGCUAAUUGGUUUGAAGAUAGUCAACAUGAACUUCUAUCCAACAUGCCCUAAUCCAGAGCUCACUGUUGGUGUAGGGCGCCACUCGGACAUGGGCGUACUUACUGUAUUAUUGCAAGACGGCAUUGGUGGUCUAUAUGUUAAAAUGGAAGAAGAGAUAGAUGGCAAGAGAAAGGGGGAUUGGGUGGAGAUCCCUCCAGUUGCUGGUGCUUUGGUCAUCAAUGUUGGUGACACCUUGCAGAUACUAAGCAAUGGAAGGUACAAAAGUGCUGAACAUAGAGUGCGUACUACAAGCACUAAAUCAAGAGUGUCCAUCCCAAUCUUUACUAUCCCAAAACCAACAGAGAAGAUUGGACCAUUGCCUCAAGUAGUGGAGGGAGAUGGAGUUGCUCGUUACCGGGAGUUCGUCUUCCAAGAAUACAUGAAUAACUUCUUUAGCAAUGCUCAUGAUGGAAAGAAGUCUCUUGAUUUUGCAAAGAACAUAUAG